UUGGACCGAGAUGUGUAUGUUCGUGACUCGCAGUAAAAUGACAGCAUUGGCCCAUACACAUCUCAAAAUCUAGCACCUUCAGCUAAGCUAGUAGGCUAGGAAUUGUGGUUGCCCUUAAAUAGCGCUUGUGCAAGAUACCUAUAGAGAGAACUAUAGAUUUAUCAGCACAACAAGUAGUGAGGAUAAUAGAAGAGGGAAAGUGGGUGUGAGUGAAACAGAAAGCCAUGAAGGGUUAUGAACCACGAUCAAGCUCUUCUUGUGCAGCCUGCAAGUUCUUGAAGAGAAGAUGCAUACCCAAUUGCAUAUUCGCACCUUACUUUCGCUCCGAUGAGUGCAAGAAAUUUGCCAAGGUCCACAAGGUGUUUGGAGCCAGCAACGUGAGCAAGAUCCUGGUCGAGGUUCCGGAGGAGCAGAGGGAGGACACGGUGAAUUCUCUAGCUUAUGAGGCAGAGGCAAGGCUCAAGGACCCUGUUUAUGGAUGCAUAGGUGCCAUAGCAAUGUUGCAAAGGAAGAUGGUGGAGCUUCAACAUGACCUUGCCAUUGCUAAGGAUCGCCUCGCUCACGCGGCUGCUACUGCUGCUGCUACUACUACUGCUACCACUACCACUACCACCGCUUUUUCUGGUGAUAUCUUGAACUCCCAUGUUAGCUUGCCACCGUUCCCUGAGUUUUCCACUUGCUGUGAUUUCAAUGACAAUUUUAGCCACAACUCUUCAUCUCAAUCAUGGAGAACACAUGAAACGGUGGAUGAUUUCAUUCAAAUCCCAUAUAUAUUUUGAUGUUAUUAUCACCCCUGCACCUCUCUUAUGUUGUAAUUGUUCUGAAUUUUCAAUUCUCAUCAAUCAAAAGGUGUGACUUUGCUGUAUAUAUAUGCUAAUAAAUAAGAACCCCAUGAGUGAAUUUGUCUUAGUUGAAAA